UUUCACCACAAUAUCUUCUCUUCACGAAUAUGGCUAAUUUUAGCAGAUUAACCACCAUAUAUCCGUCCAAUGAUCUCAAGUGGAACGUCUGUGUGAAGAUCCUUAGGAUGUGGCGUAAAACAGAUGAUGGGGAAGACUCUCUCGAGUUGGUUGUAUGUGAUGUCUUCGGGACCAAAAUAGUAGUAACUAUACCGAAAGGUCUUUUUGAAAUUUUCAAGUCUGACAUCCAAGAAGAUGCAUGGAAAGUUUUUUCUGCUUUUGACGUCAUAAACUGCAGCAGACCUAUCCGUAUUACUGAAAGUUACUAUCGGAUCGUGUUUAGGGAAGAUACCAUUGUGGAAGAUACUGAACCACGUUCUAACAAUCAUUUCAUUGAUUAUGUGUCUUUUGAUAGACUAUAUGAUAGUUAUCAUGCCAUAACUAAUCGCUGCUUAGAUAUCAUGGGACGUGUAAUCAAUGUCCAACCAUUGAUCUAUGUCGAUGAUCCAAGAGCUGUUCAAUAUGAGGAAAGGGCCCGACUUUUGCGUUUCGACCUUAAAGACCAAAAUCAUGAAGUCAUUCACUGUACUGCUUAUGAUGAACAUGCCGACUACUUUCAACGUUAUUGGAGUCCUUCUUAUACGAGUUCUAUCAUAGGCGUCCUACGUUUCUGGAGGGCAAAGUUUGCUCAUGGAGCUACAAGCUAAUGACUUUUAUUAUAUAGAACGAGCUGUUAUGUAAUCAUUAAUUUUAAAAAUUUGAAUUCUUCACAAUAGGUCAAGACAUCGAACUUUUGAGUGUUCCUGGAGUGUCUACUAUUUGCUUUGAUCCUCCAUAUACUGAAGUAACUGAUUUCAGAAACAGGAUCUCCUUUAACCUCGACAGUGAUGAUGACUUUAUCUAUUAAGGGAGAGCUUCAAGGGAGUAUAUGAUGAAGUCGUCGACUUUCCUGAUCGUUGUUUUGUAGUUUGGCUUUAUUUUCUCUGUCAAAUAAGAGACAUUUUGUCUCAUCUUGCUUUCCUUUUUUUUUUUUCAAACUCUCAGGACUUUUCUUAUUUAAUAAAUUACCAUCUUUCCA